AAGAUACCAGCAUUCCAUUUAUUUCACAAUUGAAUUGUUGUUAUUUAUUGCGAUGCAAGCUCCUCCUCCCGAACACUGUCCUGGCGUUGAGAGCGAGCAGGCUGGACAGGUGAGUGCCUGUGCCGGCUGUCCCAAUCAGAGCAUAUGCAGCGAUCCGAACAAGAAACGCGAGGAUCCGGGCAAGGCUCUGGUUGCCGCGGCUCUGAAGGAUGUCAAACACAAGCUGUUGAUCCUCUCCGGCAAAGGGGGCGUGGGCAAGAGCACAGUCACCACUUUGUUGACGCGGUACCUGGCCAGGAGUUAUCCAGACAGCAAUUUCGGUGUGUUGGACAUUGACAUUUGCGGGCCAUCGCAGCCGCGUCUAAUGGGCGCCCUCGGAGAGAACGUUCAUCAAUCUGGAUCGGGUUGGUCGCCAGUGGGCAUAGACGACAAUGUGUGCCUGAUGUCGAUUGGGUUUCUGCUGGGCUCAGUGGAUGAUGCCAUUAUUUGGCGUGGUCCCAAAAAGAAUGGAAUGAUUCGUCAAUUCCUGAGCGAAGUGGACUGGGGAAACCUAGAUCUACUGCUACUGGACACGCCGCCCGGCACCUCGGAUGAGCACCUGUCUGUGGUUUCCUAUCUGAAAGAUGACAGCGCACCCGAUUCAGUGCAUGCCAUAAUAGUGACCACACCCCAAGAGGUUGCUCUGCUGGACGUGCGCAAGGAAAUCAACUUCUGCAAGAAGCAACAGAUACCCAUUGUGGGUGUGAUCGAAAACAUGAGCGGUUUUCGGUGUGGUCACUGCGGCCACAGCUCCGAAAUUUUUCCAGCCAAAACCGGAGGAGCUGCAGCCAUGUGCGCGGAAAUGGAGGUGCCCCUGUUGGGCUCUCUGCCCCUUGAUCCGGCCAUUGCCAAGGCGUGCGAUGCCGGUGAGGACAUCACUUCUGUUAAGAAUCCCACCACCGAGGCUCUGGAGGGUAUUUGUUCCAAGAUUAUGAGUAGCUUUAAUUAGAUUUAAUGUAUUUAAAUGAAUAUCUCUGAUCGGAGGUCUAAAAUUGCGUAAACAGUA